AUGGUUAUGUCGUGCAGGUCAGACGCAUUGAAGGUGAAUGGGUUUCUGGGGGAGUCCGUAACUUUUCCCUUGAACUUUUCUGCAAAACUGAAUGUCAACACCAUCACCUGGCUCCACAAUGGAACAUCUAUGAUUUUCAUGCCAAAAGAAGCACCACCCUCUGUCACUGAUCCAGAGCGGAAAAAUCGAAUCAACGUCACUGAGUCCUACUCUCUACAGCUCAAUGAAUUAAAGAUGACUGACUCAGGACUCUACAUGGCCCAAAUAGCCACAGACAAAACACAGUUUUACUGUUACACACUGAGGAUCUUCAGGCGACUGAGUAACUUAUAUAUUACCAGCCACACUGAGCUGUCAACAAACGGAAGCUGUGAGGUCUACCUGACCUGCUCUGUGGAGAAUCCAGAUGACAGUGUCUCCUUCGGGUGGCAGGAGUCAGGAAACACAUUUCUGAAAAGAGUAAACCUCACUGUGUCCUGGAACCCCUGGAAUUCCAAUGAGCAGGACAGCUACACCUGCGUGGCUGAGAAUCCCAUCAGCAACAUCUCCUCCUCAGUCUCUCUCCAGAGUCUCUGCAAAGAGACCUGGAGGAACACAGAUUAUGUAUCAUUCCCUCAGGGGAACACCGUGUAUACCACAGUCAUUCAUUCAAACCGGGUUGAUUACCGCAGGCCUGGUGCUGGCUGA